UGAGGUUAUGAUCCCUUGUUAUUGUUUACUGUAUUUAUAUGCUAGCAAGUCAAUUUUGAUAACAAAUAGCUCGCAAUGUUCCUUUUAGAGUCUUUUGUAUUAGAUUUGCAGAAUUAUCUAAUAGGUACAAGGGAAAUAGACCACGGUAUGAUAGAGUUGCGUCUAGAAAAACCAGCAAAAGUAGGAGAUGUUAGUUUUCCAUUGAGCAUUAGAAACUGGAGCCAUUUGUUGAACGGAGGACAAUGUACUGGAGACUGCAUAAGUAUUCUUGACUAUAAAGGUUCAAAGAAGGAUUUGGGCAACCAAAUUGAACAGCUUAGGAUGGAGAGCCUUAAGUGGACAAUUCAAAUUGAUAAAAUACUCAUGAACAACAAACAAACUCAUUUGAAUAUUUCCCUAUCUAGAACAUCCAAACUAUUCAAAUCCGUUUUGAAAGAAGUAAUAGAAGCGGAAAAAACCUAUGGUUCGAGUGACUUUAUACGGAACAAAGUUCAUUUGGACUUGUUUCCAAAUAACGAUUUGAAUUCUGAAUCGAGUCUAACUUGCUUGAGGUUACACUUGCUGAAGGAGAUAACAGCGAAUUUAUUGAAAGCUUCUACAUGCAGUGAAACUGACAGAGAAUCUCGAAUAACCUUGUCACUUCAACCGGUGGAUGAUAGAUCUAAGAAUGUUAUAUGUGGUCCAGUACUUACUGAAAAUGGAAAUAGAAACUCAACGACAGUGCAGCAGCUUUACGAGAAAAGGGCAUCUGAUAUGAGGAUGAUGGCUCAGCAUAAGUAUGGUGUCCAAAUCACACCAUCUUCAACUUGGGAGACGUACUUUGCAAAUCUGGGGAAGGGUUGCGUUACGAUUGAGAUGAUGUCUAACAAACCUCAAAAAGCAAUCAAAGUAACUCAGAAUGAUUUACAGACUGCACACAAAGGACCAUGCUUCAUAUUCUACAACUGUGCUAGACUGGCAGCCUUAUUUAAGAAGUUUGAAAAGUUGGUAACGAGAAAAGAGUAUCCGGAUUUGCCAGAAAUCGAUGGUGUGGAUUUUUCCCUGUUAACCCAGCAAGAAGAAUGGGAACUGUUCUAUGCAUAUAUCUUGCAGUAUCCGAUAGUUGUUAAAAGCUGUAUCAAACACAUAGAAACAGGCGUAGUCAAUCCUCAGUAUUUGGUAACAUUCCUAUCAAAAUUAGCCUCACUAUUCAGCGUCUACUACAGGAGAGUCAGGAUACUAACCAAUCCUCGGGAGCAUAUGUUUGCAGUCGUCCACGCCAGGAUGUACUUGCUGAAAGCUAUACAGUACGUCUUUCAUAAUGCCUUGGAUUUGUUGAACAUUGAACCCAUCAGAGAAAUGUGAAAAUCGAUAUCUGAAUUAUUUUUUCGUGAGUUGCAGCAUUUUAUUGAGCUCUAAUGGUAACUUGAUGAAUUGCGAAUCGCCCUGUAUAAGUGCCACAAGGUUCUGUUUUCGGGCCGAUACUUUUAUUUCAUAUAUGAAUAUUAUGAAAGGUUAAACAACAUUGUCUACAGAGGAAAUCAAUAUUGCAUCUAGUUAUUAGGCAUUUUAACCAUAAAGAUGAUGGAAUUAUUUGAGAAUUAAGAAUUAUUCAAUGACAUUUCAUUCCUUUUUUUUUGUUAUGUAAAGCGUGUUUUAUAAUAUCAUUUGUUGCUAGUAUAUUUUUAUUU